AUGGUAUACUGCAUGGUCCAGUACAAUGAGUUAAGAUGUCUACCUAAUAAUGUGAUCAAACUGGAUAAACUAUCUAAAAUAUUUGCAAGUUAUAAUAAACUACAGUGUUUACCAGUAGACAUUGGCCAAUUGACUAAUUUACAGUAUCUCAAUAUAUCUCACAAUUCACUAACUGUUCUACCACACUCAAUCACUAGUCUCUCCCACCUAGAGGAACUGGAUGUAAGUGGUAAUUCCUUGGGGGCAUUACCUGACGGUCUUGAGAGGUUGACAGUUUUGAGAACUUUUAAUUUAUCGGAGAAUAGAUUGAACAAGAUACCACCUAACCUUGGAGAAAUGAGGAAUUUGACUAAAUUAUCACUAUCUGAAAACAAGUUAAAAGCAUUACCACCUUUAGUUGGGUUGGAAAGGAUUACUGAGAUUGAUUUAAGUCAAAACCAAUUGAAUGAAUUCCCAAUCAUUAGACCAGGAAAGACAUUGAAG